GCCUCACUUCCAAAGCACGUGCAACACGCCAUGGGGCAACAGCACUCCGCGCCCGGAGUUUCGCUGCAGCGUUUGCCGGGGGAAGGACCCGAAGAGCCGGUCACGGGGUACUUGCUGCGUCAGCGCGGGUGGCGCUGGGAGUGGCAGAAGGUCCUCGCAGACGGCCGGCGCUUCUACACUUUCUCCUGGCCCCGGGGCAAACCGCGGGACUCCAUCCCCCUGCCGGACAUCCUCAAGGUGGAAAGCCUCCUUCUAGUGGACUCCCGUGCCUUUGCGAUUCCGCCCGGGGCGCGUCCCGAGAAGCCCAGGCACCUGGGCAACGUCGCGGGCUUUGCGCUGGUGCUCCGGGAUGGCCAGGAGCUCGUGUUCUGCGCCUCCGGGGCACAGCAGCGCAGUGCCUGGAUCGCUGCGGUGGAGGAGAUGAGGCAAGCACGGCAAGAUGUGCGGCAGAUGCCGGAGGUCCAAAUCACGGCCCCCGUGCCAGCCAGAGGCAAAGGCCGCGGCAAGGGGAAGGCCCCACCGCCGCCAAAGGCCAAAGCCAAGGCGCCGGCCAAAGCCAAGCCCCGAGCCAAGAUCCACGGGCUCUUGGAGAGCCGGCCGGUCCAAGACGCGGCAAACACCAUCUUCGGCGCCGAGGAUCGCAACGAAUCACCUGACCUCGCCCCCCUGCUCGACGAGUUCGCCAAGCGCACGGAAGCAGAGCGGCGGCAGCCUUUGGAGCGGCCACGCCGGCAGGAGGAGGUUCAGCUGAUCCUGGAUCGCCAAUUUGCCCAGAACUUGGCCAUCGCCAUGGUGCGGGUGAACGUGCACCAGCUCGCAGAUGCUGCAAGGGCCAUGUCGCCCCGACAUGCCAGGUUCGAAGAGCCGCGGGACUGGGAUCAGGCGGAGAACUUGGUGGAGACCUUGGCCUCCCGGGAGCAAGACGUGAUUGAGAAGAUCGACAACUACACGCAGGAGGGCAAAGAUCCCUGCAAGCUGCGGAACAUUGAACAGAAGUUGGUGCCCUUGGCUUCAAUUCCACGAGUCGUCACUCGGCUCCAGCUCAUCCUCCUCGCUCAGAGCCUGGGUAGCCGCAUGGAUGCUGCCAGGAGCAAGCUGGAGCUUUUGGUCGGCACUGCGCUGGAGCUGAAGAACUGCGCGCUCAUGCGGGAUGUGGUGAAGAUCAUCCAGGAGACUCUCAAGUGGAACGAGGCGCCCGGCGCAGCCACCUUCCAAAGGACGCGGGUCUUCCCGGUGGGCAAGCAACUGGAGCGCCUGAACACGCUGAAGCCGACCGGAGACUUGCUGCCCAAAAGGUUCCCGCGCUACACCUACGUUCACCUGCUGGCAGAGGUGAUGAUCUUCAAGCAGGGCAUGCCUUUGCCGGAGGAUCCCUUCGCAGAAGCUGUUCCAGCCCUGGACCGCGCCACGAAGGCCAACCCGGAGCUUGCCUACGAGGAACUGCAGAAGAUCCAGGAGAAGCAGAAGCUUGUGGCCGCAGAGUUGCAGACCCAUGCAGACUCCUACUCGCAAGUUCAGGUGGAAGCUGUCGAAUCUCCAGAGGUAUUCCACAUUAUGACCGACGGCACCGCUAGCGCCGGCGUCAUUCACUUGGAGGAUGCGGAUCGUGGCGGACGAGAGACCCUCACGCCUCCUGCCUGGGGCAAUGAGCCUGAGGUGCCAGCGCCGCGGCACGCGAAGCUCCAGCGGCUGCAGUUCCAGCCCAGCGGGACCUACCUGCGGGGUUGCGAUCCAAGCGACGGCGAGAGGCCCGGUGAAAGCCUUUGGCUUCUGCAACCGCGUGGGUGGCGCAAGCCUGUAUGGCUGAGGUGCCAGGCCACGCUGCGCGCGAGGCACCUGGUGCUUCAAGAGGAGGCCCAGGAGGCAGCCUUCCCGCUGCCCGGGGCAGAGGCCCUGGAGCUGAGUUCCAUUCUGGCCUCAUCCGUCGCCAAGUGGUUGGCCUCGCUGGGCCUGCAUGGUAUGGAACUGCUCUCGGAGGGCGGGGGGCACACGCUGCUCCUGCUGGACACAGCUGAGGCCGCCCGCUCCUGGGUUCAGCGCCUGAACCGGGAAGCGGAGCGGACAGGCGCGGGUUGGCUGGUGAUGGCGGAUGUCAUGGGCCGGCAUCGCGCUGAGCAGGUUUGGGCCGUUGUGGAGGAGGAGCGGAAACAGUUGCUGUGCUUCGACAACCCGCUGGACUAUGCGGCGGGCCGGCCAGCAAGGACCACGUUCUUCCUGCACCGGGACGCCCUGCAGAUUGUGGACGACAUGCACCCGGCCUCCGAGGAUGUGAGCUCAGCCAUCGAAAGGCUCAGGCGCGAAUCCUCGGAGCUGGCCUUUGUGGUAAAGGAGGAGCCGGAGCUGCGAUUGUCCAUGGGCGCCCCUGACAGCUGCGCCCAUUGGAGCGCCUUCGGCGUGGCCUUCGCCCCGGCCUUGAGGCGGUGGCUGGAGAAGUUGCAGACCAUGGCGAGGGCGGGGCAUUUGCGGAAGAGCUAUGGCGGGGCCCUGGACUUUGAGGCACCGCGGCUUUCCUGGAUGGAAGCAGAGGCUGAGGAGGUUGCAGCGCUCUCUCCCAAGAGCGAAGGAGGCGCAUUGGCCGCAAAGGAGGGCGAGGAGGUUGAGGAUCCUUUCGCCACCUGGGCGCGGCUUCGGCCCAGCUUCUGCCUGGCACUGCAGCAGGCGGUGGACGCGCAAGCGCAGAAGCAGCGGGAGAUGGCAAAGAACCACUCCAGGAUCGAAGAUCAAGAUGGAGAGGACGGCGACGAUCCGUCAUGCGAGGAGGAGGAUCCCGGCAGCGAGGACACAGAUGCCAGCGACGAGGAAGACGACGCGCUGACGCGUCUGAAGCGUUUGGAGCUACGCCUCCAAAAGAGCCAGGGCCGUUUGCGGCAGGCAUUGCGCAAGGGAGAACGGGACGCCGUAGAGAUCUUGUGCUUCUUCGGGGAGAUGACUGCGAAGCGGAGGAAUGCGCUCUCAGCUCUGCAGGAGUUCCUUGGCAAUAUCCGUGCCUUUGCCAAGCACUUUGCCUGCGCAGUCCGCGAGGUGCGGAAGCACCACGGCCCUGGGCGCCGGCCCCGCAGCGAUUCCUUGGCGCGGCGCAUCGGCGAGGCCGACGGCAGACCCGGGCGCAGCAGCAGCACCGGCGCCAGCCGUAGGGACCAGCCGCGCCGCGUCAUGCGCACCAAGACACGCCCCUUGGAGCAGCAUCCGGUGCUCCUCAACAACCAGGAGAUCAAGGCGGAGCUUCUGGCGCCCAUUGAGCCAGGAAGCGACCCCUUCAAGCGCGCAAGACAGGAGCCAGCAGCGGCUGUGUGACACGAUGCCAGCUGCCGACUCCGAAUUCGCAUUCGGUCAUGACGCAGGGGAGUUAUCAAAGAACG